AGUGUAUAACCACCCUCCCGUGACCGGAAGUUCUGACGUAUUACCGGCGACCCUGAGAGACUGGCUGGACCAUCUCUUCUCACUCCACUCCUGCCAUGGCAGGCUGGUCCCGCGAGGGAGUGCUGACUCUGUACCGCGCCCUCCUGCGCCGAGGGCGCAAACUUGAGUUUACUGAUCGUGACUACUACGCCUCGUACGUGCGCAGAGAAUUCAGGAAGAAUCAGAGCCUUACUAAGCUGGAAGACAAAGAAAAACAGCUGGAAAAGGGAGAGUAUUUCCUAAGGACCAACCUCGGAGGGCUGGUGUAA